UAUUUUCAUUUUUGUUUUUCCCUCUUUUGCAGCGGAGGAAAAGGAUGUGAGGAUUGUUAGUUACGCUUCGCCGAUUCUUUAUUGAAUCCUUCAAACCCUUUCAUUCUCAUAAUAGUCUCUGUUUUCUAUUCCUUUUUUCGAUUCGGCGAGGGUUUUGAUUACUCUCAGGAAUGCUGAGUGGUCAUGCUGUUGGUUUUCAUGAGAGAAGCAGUGAGGAGCUUCUACUGGCAGAUCCUGUAGCAGAGAUCGAUGACGAUGAAGAAGCACUUUCUGGAAAGGUGCUGUACAGAGCCUCUUUUGAGGAGCUUGCGAAAAACCAUGUGCAAUAUGAUACGCUCGUAUGGUUUAUGAUAUCACUAUUGCUUGUUCUGGCGUGGGGAGUCGGCGUGCUUAUGCUUCUUUAUAUUCCCUUCAAAAGAUAUGUGCUGCGGAAGGAGAUCUCGUCGCGCACACUCUGCGUCACAGAAAACAAAAUAGUUUACAAGGCUAUGCGACCUUCCUUUAUACCCUUCCUGGGGAUUGUCAAAAUUGAGAAGCAAAUACCUCUUCAUCUGGUUAUUGAUAUCAUCAUUGAACAAGGUUGUCUGCAAUCCUCAUAUGGGUUACAUACAUUUAGAAUUGAAAGUAUAGCACACGGGAAAGCUGCCCCAGUGGAUGAGCUUCAAUUUCAAGGUGUUUCCAACCCAGAACUUCUAAGAAAGGUUAUCAUCACAGAAGCUGCAAAGAGUAUCCAAAGAGCUGGAAGUCGGAAAUUUUCAGGUUAUCCAGGAGAAGGUAUUUUUACACCAAGAAUGAGAUCUCUGACUGAGAUUCCAUCAAUUAGUAGAUUGCAAUCUCCUCCUAGAAAGGUUAAAGCUUCACCAAGGCAUGCUUUGUUCGACGCUGGACGUGUAAUUUCUAGUGACGUCUUGCUACGUAAACUUGAAGAAAUUAUCCAAUCCCUGAAGAAAAUUGAAUCUCUUGUGGUAGGGUCGCGUUCGUAAUAAGCAUUACAUGAAGACUGGGGAGCUGCUAUUUUGUUUCCCUUUUUUCGAUACCUUUCCCUUUUGCCAUCUGCAUUUGAAUGGGGCUUCCGAAUCUUUGUUUGUCGGAAAACGUGCUAGUUCUUGUAUGUAAUCUUCAAAUCAAGUAGAAGGAGAAUGUAUUGGCAAAUGUAAAAUGUCGAGCCAUUUUCGCAUAGUACUUCUUUCUAGUUAUGCUAUUUGGCGCUCUUAAGGGGUUGUUUGUUUC